CCCGCCAACAUGGGCCUCCUCGACCCGGCCACCAGCGACGGCCGCGUCAUCUUCUUCCUCCCCUGGGAGAAGUGGACCAUCGCCGGCACCACCGACCGCACCACCGAGGUGACGCAGCACCCCGCCCCCACCGAGGCGGACAUCAGCUUCAUCCUCGAGGAGAUUCGCCACUACCUCUCACCGGAUGUCAACGUCCGCCGCGGCGACGUCAUGUCCGCCUGGGCCGGCAUUCGCCCCCUCGUUUUGGACCCGAAGAAGACCAACACCGAGUCCAUUGCUCGCAACCACAUCAUCGACGUCUGCCAGGCCAGUGGCCUGGUCACUGUGGCCGGCGGCAAGUGGACUACCUACCGCGUCAUGGCGGAGGAGGCGGUGGACGCGGUCAUCAAGUCGAACCCCGCCACGCUGGCCCACGCCGGCAGCUGCCAGACGCUGGGCCUGACGCUGGAGGGCGGCAAGGACUGGUCGCCCACGCUGCACAUCCGCCUCGUCCAGGACUACGGCCUGGAGCAGGAGGUGGCGCAGCACCUGGCGAACACCUACGGCGACAAGGCCUUCCUCGUCGCCCGCCUCGCCGAGCUGACCGGCAAGCGCUGGCCGGUGGUCGGCAAGCGCCUCCACAGCGAGUUCCCCUACCUCGAGGCGGAGGUGAAGUACGCCGUGCGGGAGUACGCCUGCACCGCCGUGGACGUCAUCGCCCGCCGCACCCGGCUCGCCUUCCUCAACGUGGCCGCCACCGAGGAGGUCCUCCCGCGCAUCGUCGCCAUCAUGGCCGGCGAGCUGAAGUGGAGUAAGAAGCGCGAGGAGGAGGAGCUGGAGGCCGCCCGCCGCUUCCUCAACACCGAGAUGGGCAAGGAGGUGAACGUGGCGGUGCGCCAGCAGCUGCCCAUUAGCAUGAAUAAAGAGGAGAUCAACAAGUACAGCAAGCUCUUUCACACGCUCGAUCGCGACCGCAAGGGCUACAUUGGCAUCAAUGAUCUGCGCCGCUCCAUUAAGGACCAGGGCGUGAGCUGCACCGACGAGGACCUCCACCUGAUGCUCUCCGAGGUGGACAUCAACCAGAAUGGACGGAUCGAGUUUGGCGAGUACCUCGAGCUGAUGAGCUCCAUCAAGAACNGGCGGUGGACUGUAAAGGAGCAGCUUUCG